AUGGGGACUUCCACAGAGUACUCAGAGUUACCCAUUCCCAUACGCAUUUUGUGUUUGUUACAGGAGAAAGAGCACCCUCGUGUCCUCAUCCCGGAGUUGUGCCGACUCUUCUACCAGCUGGGAUGGGUGACAGGGACUGGCGGAGGGAUCAGUCUAAGACGAGGAGAGCAGAUCUACAUUGCACCAUCAGGCAUCCAGAAAGAGAGAAUACAGCCAGAAGACAUGUUUGUGUGUGACGUGGAAGAGAGGGAAAUCAGCUGUCCACCUGCCUGGAAGAACUUCAGGAAGAGUCAGUGUACACCACUUUUUAUGAACGCCUAUACUAUGAGAGGGGCACAGGCAGUUAUACACACCCACUCCAAGGCUGCUGUCAUGGCAACACUGCUGUAUCCUGGCAAAGAGUUCAGGAUAACACACCAGGAGAUGAUCAAGGGGAUUCGUAAAGGCACCUCAGGCACCAACUAUCGGUACGAUGACAGCCUGGUCGUGCCUAUUGUUGAAAACACACCAGAGGAGAAGGACUUGAAAGACCGGAUGGCUCGGGCUAUGGAGGAAUACCCAGAUUCAUGUGCCGUCCUCGUCCGCCGACACGGCGUCUAUGUCUGGGGGGAGUCGUGGGAAAAAGCUAAGACCAUGUGUGAAUGCUACGACUACCUGUUUGACAUCGCUGUGCAGAUGAAGGGGUGCGGAAUGGACCCUUCAGCCCGCCCAACAGAAGAACAGGGAAUAGUUUGACAUUCACUGGUGCUUUUUAAAGAGACGUGUUGCAGAAAGGUCAGUGGUGUUCGAUCUGGAGAGCGUGUUGUAAUCAUUUGUCUUUCACGCCGGGCCUGCUUCAAAUUUGAUGAAAUUUGAUGGCAAGGGCAGAUCCAGGGUUGGAGAAGAUUGAAUGCCUGUGAUCCGUGAGCACCUGAGAUACGCUGCAAAAACACUGUGGGACAACUCUUGAGUGAACAGCUGGCAAAUCAAGGUCCUCGGGUUCAAAUGCUUUCCUAUUCAAGGUCUUGUGCAUCUCAAUUGAUUGGAACGGUGAUUAACUGCCUUUUGCUUCAAUCAAUAAAUACCGAUGGAAUGCAAAUCGUAAUCGCAGAUUUUUUAUUUCUAUCAUUUUAGGGCAGCAGGCUAAACAAGGUAGUCCAAUGUCCCCUCUCUGCAAAAAAAUAUACAUAUAUGUUCCAUUUAAACAAACAAAACAUCCUGUAGAUAGAGUGAUAUCUAAUGUUUCUUGAAGCUACAAAUCAUUUCAGAAUUUUUGAAGCCAUAUUUCGGUUUCAAACAAAUAUAAUAAAGAGAGGCCCUUUUUUUGACUUCACAUAAAUGCUGUACACACAAGUGACUGUCGUCAUCUUGCCAAACAUCUCUGAGUGGAGAAAGGACCCGUGCUGGGUCCAGGGACCUCCUGAGCCCACCAGGAGAGAGCGUUUGGUGCAGCGGUUUCACAUCCGAACGCAGACAAGCCUCCAGUUCCUCUGCAUACUCAUUUCUCAUGAAAGCCAGAGUUGUUGUUCUGUUAACAAGCUCCCUCUGCUGCCACCAUCCCUUGCCUCCACCACUGUACUCUCUGAAAACAGUGUGCUGUCAAAUAUGCUGCAGGCUUAUUUGAAUCUUAAAAAAAAACUAAAAAAAAACAGGAACUCUUUUGUGCUGCGCUAACGCUGCCAAGAUUCCCCAUCCUCUGAUUAAUGAGGAAUUCUGGUAAACCCAUUUGCAAAAGAAAUUGAACACCAGCCGAAACAUAUAGAUGACGGGAAGCCGAGCUUCACAAUGUCAGCGUCUCACUGUCUCCCCUCUUGAACACAUAAACAAUAGUUCUCAGGUUUUAGCCCAGUUGUUCAGUGAAUUGUUGCUUCAGUGAUUUUUUUUUUUUUUUGAGGAAUGAUCUGUGAAAAGAUAACGGAUGACUGUUCAAGACUAAAAUAAAACUGUUCCUAAAGUA